AUGCCAGUUGCGGUCGAUGCCAUGGCCCAUGGGCCGACCACUCUCAAAUUUGAGCCUCAGCCAGUUCAGCCUGUGUCACUGAGUGUUCCAUUUGGACCACUAAUUCCCACAGUUGAUACUGCUGCCAUUGAAACCUCCUCCAAGGUCCUCCGAAUCAUCGAUCGCUACCGUAUGAGUAAGACGAUCAACGCCCCAGAAAAGGCGGAUGAAGGUGCUCUGAAAUUCAUCGCCCUGAUUUACAAUCACGUCAAGGCUGGUGAAGCUAUUCCCAUGUGCCUCCCGGCAUUUCCAUUCAAAUCACCAAACUCUGAGUCCAAGGUGUUGGGAGUACUGCCUGACAGGGCCGAGAUUCUUGCCUUGUCGCACUUAAACGGUCUUUGUAGCGCUAUUCAAGACGUUUAUGCGCCUGGGGCAAAGCUUACCAUCAUAUCUGAUGGUCUCGUAUACAAUGAUCUGCUUGGAGUACCAGACAAGAAUGUUUGGGCAUAUGGUGAAAUUCUAAGGGAAAUGGCGAAGAAGGAGGGAUUUGAGCACAUCCAUUUUUCAAGACUACGAGACUUGGUGUCUAUCCCUCUUCCUGAAAACCUUGAUGAAAUGACAUACGUUGCCAAUGCAUCCAACUUCCGCCUGGCUCUCCUGAAUACGUUUAGCCGCCCUGACUGGGACUGGAAAGAGAUUAGCAAAAGCGAAGACGUUUGCAUGACCUACAGAGGUUAUAUCAAAUUCCUCGAGACCGAUUUAUUGACCGUUUACCCCCAAGGAGAGGAUCGGUCAAAGUCUAGAUAUAAGCGAGGCAUUGAGUAUAUUGCCAAACAAAUGUUGUCCCGCGGAGAUGCAUUCGCACAAGCAGUAAAAGAGAAGUACAAGGAUAGCAUACGCCUUUCUAUCCAUCCCUCUACAGGAGCGAACAAGCUGUCAAUCAGUCUUCUCCCCACCUCAACGAUUUACACUACCCCAUGGCACUGCACCAUCGCUUAUAAACUGGACGGAACCAUCACUUCGGGUAUGCGGUCCGAGUUUGAAGCAGACGAGACAUUGGAGCUUAUCUACGAGAACGGCCGCCCUAGCUAUUUCCGAGAAAAGUCCGAUCUCUUGUCCUGGGGAGAAGAGAAAGGCGGUAUUGUCUGUCAGCCCAUUUACCCUUGCGGUCUCAUCAUUCGUCCUGCCGCUGGCCCAGGAUCCUUAGGAAUCCACGACAUUGAUGCCAAGAAGGUCAGGGCCUUGUCCGAAAUAAACUCUCCUGUAAUUCUCCGUGGGUUCUGGAAGAAGCCGAACCGCGAACUGUUCGUUAAGAAGGCAGAGGAGUUCGGCGAACCUCUCCCAUGGAAAUUCGGACUCGUUCUGGAGGUUAAGGACCGAGGACUGGAGACGCGAGGCUUGAAUAAUGUUCUCUCAGCUGAAUGGAUGCCAUUCCACUUCGACGGUAUGUUCAAGACUGUUCAGAAGGUAGAUGAAAAUGGGCGAGAAUAUAUGGUUCCAAAUCCUCCUCACUUCCAAUUUUUCACUGGAGUCACACCAUCCCCAAGAGACACAGGAUUCACUCUAUUCUCUUCCUCUACUCUCAUCUUAAAAUACCUUCCCUCGUGGCUUCCUUUGGACACUCUGAAGAAGUUGACUUGGAAGGUAUCAACGAGUUCGUUCGACAACACGGCCAUGGGUGGCCUGCAGCUGGUCAUCCCUCAUCCUACAACUGAAAAGCCUUGCUUGAGAUAUCAUGAACCUUGGCCUCGAAGCAAAACCGUUUUCGAUGAGACCCACGUCAACAUCGAAAACGUCAGUGACAAAGAGAGCGAGGCUAUCUGCGAAGCUCUCGACUCUAUUCUUCAUGACCGCCGCGUGGCCUAUUAUCAUGUUUGGGAGAAGGGCGACCUUCUGAUCAGUGAUAACAUUUUGACCAUGCAUACACGAAGUGAUUUUACGGCAGGUUGUGAUAGAGAGCUCUGGAGAAUCCAUUUUAGUUAA